AUGACGGUGGCACGCGCCAUUGCCAGUGGGAGUCGCUUGCUAUUGUGGGUGGUUGCCGUCAUCUUGACGGUUUCCGUCAAUGCAUCAUCCGGCGGAUUCGCGGUCGAAUCCACCGUGCAUGGAGGUAACGAAUUCGCCGUGCAUCUCCGUACUAGGCUCUGCUCCGUCGAAUCUGCCGUGCAUCAGUCUGCCGUCCACCUUGUCGUCAAGUUCUUGAUGAUUUCCCGUCAAUUCAUCCACCAACCACGGGGACAAGUAAUCAGCGGCGCUCAUUCUUUCCCUGUACUGUGGCCCAUUCUAUUCCUCUUCCUCCCUGUCCAUCCCUUUCCUUUCCUUCCCUUCCCCUUCCUUCCCUUUCUUCCCCUUCCUUCCCUAUCCUUCCGCUUCCUUCCCUUUCUUCCCAUUCAUUCCCUGUCCUUUCCGUUCCUUCCCUUUCGUCCCCUUCCUUCCCUGUCCUUUCCCUUCCUUCCCCGUCUUCCCCUUCCUUCCCGUUCUUCCCAUUCCUUCAACCCAGCAGCGAUCAACGGCCAGCAAUCUCCGAGGUCGCGUCUGGUGGGCAGGGUGGGCGAGUUUGAAGGCCAGCUCAACUAUUACCUGCCGCAACGAUUCAGGACCCACCCAGAGCGAGUCGACCUUCUGACUCGUCCCCUCGGCUUUCCUAUCAACACGUCUCGCCUGCCCGGCGUGCUCCUCGGGUAUUACGAGAACGUGUCGUUCUAUAAAUGUGUCCUCCGCAACUUGACCAGCUAUCCAAACCAGCUAGCCGUCUCCGGUGACGCUUCAGGUGACGAUUCCAGCGUCGGUUCCCGUGACGUUCCAGGUUUCAAUUCGGGGUACAGUUCACGCGCCAACCGUACAGGCGUGUCAAGCACGUCAGUGGGCGGUGUCGUAAUUGACUUAGUAGAAUGGGCCCUGCCGCAGCUGCGGUGCCACGGCCCUCCCUGCCCCUCCUUCGGCUCAUGCACCGCCCGCUUCCCCAACGUGCAGGCUUGUUGGAACCCCCACCUCGUGGAUGGACCCGCGGAUGAGAUAGUCCCUCCUAUAAACUGCCCCCUUAAAGGAGACAGCGCAGGGCAGGACAAAAGGACUCAUAUGGUGCCGUUUGACGAGUCGUGCUCGCACAAGGGGGACUUUAAGAAACACGGGGCGUCCGCGCUGCAGAUGAUGCGUCUGGAGGACGUGUAUGUGAUGGACAUCGGGAUUGUUCUCAACCGCACGCACCUUUUCUUACGAAGCGGAUGCACGGGCUUCCCAGGAACGGUGACAUACGAUGUGGGCCACGUGGUGCAUGAGCUGUCCACGCCUGUGUUCAACUGGGCGUACCGAGUCGGAGACAACUUCUACCACUUCCUCAUGGAGCUAUUUCCGCUCUUCCUUGUUGCUGCGCCCCUCAUGCCCUCCACGCUGCGACACCUGCCCGUACUCGCCAGGAGUCGCCAGGUGCGAAUGUACGAGAAACUGGGUGUGCCACUCAUAGGCAUCCCACUCGAUUCGAUUCGCCUGCUCCCCACAUUCGACAACGACCUGUUUCAUGCGAAGGUGGUUUAUCAGCCCAUUUAUCAGGACUGCCAAUAUCCCAGCCGGUCGCUCUGGCAGAUGAUGCGGCGCCGCCAUCUGCUGCACCCCUCCGGCAUCCCUCUCUUCAACCCCGACUGGACCUACCGCAGCCACCGCCCUCUCUCCGCCCACGAGGCUCGCUCCCUCCCCCCCGACUGGGUAGUCGUGCUGGCGAAGCGGCUGGAAAGAAAGCCACGGGCUAUGCUGAAUUUCGGGGAGGUGGAGGCGGAGGUGGUGAGGCGGUUUGGCCGCGAGAGAGUGGUGGUAUUUGAUGGGUCUCUGCCGAUUCUGCAAGCCCGUGUACUCUUUUUGCGAGCACGCCUCUACAUUGCAUCGCAUGGAGCCGGGUUCACUAACAUGAUCUUUAUGCCGGAAAAGGCUUCAGUGCUCGAAAUCCGGCCUCAUAGAUGUCCUACACAUGUAUUUAAUGGUCUCGCCGCUGCCUGCUCGCUGCGGUACCAUCUCGUGUUCAGUCAGGGUGUUUGUUCGUCCUCUGUGGUGGCUAAUGUGACGAGUGUGGCUCGGGUGCUUGUUGCAGUGCAAGCUAAGUUUCAGGCGGAGGAUGGUGGAGGUGAGGGUAGGGGUCCAAAUACCAUAUUCUCCCGAACAUAA